AAACCCUAAAAGACACGCAAACACACCCAUUUGACACGUGCGCAUUUAAGAUACAACAAGUACAUUGACGCAUCUUGUGUUCCUUCUUACCUUGCAGCCUUCACAGGUGAUGACCCCAUAGUGGAUCCCCGAGGACUUGUCCCCGCAGAUUUUACAGGGGAUGACCUCGAUUUGAGCUGCAGGACCAGAACCAAAAACGGAGCAGGACUGUGGAUUAUUAUUUCCAUAUUUGGAGGUGCAAUCAAGCACAUUGAAUCCUGAUGGAAUGCUCUUCUAAACAUGCCCCUAAGACAGUCAACCCCCGUGGUGAUGAGGAGGUGCUGUUGAAGCCGCCCCUUCCUUCCCCUCCUUGCCUACAGCCAGUUUUGGUCUUUACUGCGUCACUAGGUCAGUGUGUCAAUUCCCUCCUGCCACUUACCACACCCAUGUUUGAUUUUUUUUCUUUUUUUUUUUUUAAUCACUUUUGUAAGGCACUCCAACUCCACAUUCAUAGCACACAUCAUCUCUUCUUCACAUUUUUUUUUGUUAACUCCUUUACAGCUUUUGUGUUUGAUAAAGCCUGGAUUGUAUAAAUAGAAUUGGAGUUCAAGCGCAGGUCAAUAAGUACAGAUUAUCUCAUUGAGCAAAUACACCCCCACCCUGAAUAAGAUGAACCGCUGAGAGAACAGCAAACAUACAAAGUAUAUUUUUAUAUUAUCCUUGACCUCAGUAUGGUUUGUUUCAGAUGCUUCUCCAUUUUGAUUUGGACUAUCAUAAGGGAAGAUGCAUUUUUGUUGCGUAGGCGAAGCUAGCUAACUGUACGGCACGAUUACCAAUGUGCAUGAAAGCGAUUACCAUAAUUUUCAGACUAUAAAUCGCGUUUUUUUUUCAUAGUUUGGGUGGGGGGGGGCGACUUAUACUCAGGAGCAACUUAUAUACAUAUAUAUGUUUUUUUUCUCUUUUUUGGUCAUUUUAUGGCUGGUGCGACUUAUACUCCGGUGCGACUUAUAGUCCGAAAAUUACGGUAAAUUCUCUCAUUGAAAGAGUGACUCAUAGCAGGUAAUGUGCAUCACUACGCUCCCUUUAAGCCACGUCCCCAUAAUAUAAAACGGUGAAAAACUGUCAUUUCACAGCUGAGUAAUUCUCAGCCACUUCACACAUCUCCAAACAAUGUCUGAAUUCCCUUUCGAGAGCCCUCAAUGAACAUUUAGUGUCGCUAGCUGUUUAAAUGUAGCGCACUUGUUCUAAAUCCUUCCUCCUCGCCACAAUCGUUUUGUUCCGUGCAUUAUGAUUCACACGUUUACAUUUCCACAAUUUGCCCAGACUUGUCUCAACAAACACAGUCAUCAACAUACUUCUUCUUCUGUCACCCGGUUCAUCUCUUGUUUUGUUCCUUUUCCACUCCCACAUGCUCUUGAAUAGCAGGACUGUGGCCCGUGUUGACACAGUCACGGUACCGAUCCUCUAAAUGAGGUGAUACUUUACACAAAAACCAGAGAUUCUUGAGCGAUUAGCCACGCCUACAUAUUCAUAAUGGGCGUUUGCGAGGUCAAGUUGUUUUGCUUGUGUGUACGCAAGCGCCGAUGCAAAUAUACGCCAUGCAAAUAGCUGCGUAAAGGGAGGUUUCCAUGGCAACCUCACUGUUUUCAUCCCUGGUGCGAUUCAACGUGCUUUGCUACGUGACCCAGUUACUACACCCUGCAGCGAGUGGAUUCUCAUCCGCGCUGUUGUAAGAUUUGUUUGUAUUUUGUAACCAAGGCCGGCAAGUGUCGUGAGGUGGAAACAACAAGUCCAGUAUUUUGCAAAUUUCCCCCAAGGAAAUACUUUCAACUUCCUCCAUGUUUCGCCCAGUGACCUACAUCCUUUGGAGCUUUUCUGCCCCGUCCAUAGUAUUCUACUGGGCAAUCAAACAAUACUUAUCACAUUUCUUUUAUCCGCCCUCGUACGCUCUGACCCGCUCCGUCAUUUUCAUUUCCUUCAGAGCCAGAGUUGUAUGUUUGUUUUAGCCUCUGCAGCCCCACAUGAUCUAAUCAUGGAAGACUGGAAGCGCCGGAUGAGUCUUUUGAAACGAUGACUCUCGCAUGAAUCACCCGCAUAAACGUCCUUAUACGUUUGAUUUUCAUUCCUACUUGUGUUUUGUCAGGUUAAUCGCAUUCACCACCCACAAGCUUUAUUCGUCAUUGGAGCAAUUUUGCAUGCUACAGCCCAGAUUUGGUGUUAAUCAACACAGAAACACUGCAUUUGAGAAUCAGGCAUGGGUGAGAUUUAAUCACGUCAGUUUCUGUGCAACAGUCCAGAUGACUCAUAGCGGCGCAGCCCUUCGCAGAGACAUCUAGUGUCUGCACUUGAGAUAGCACAGGACGGCCUUAUGUAAUAGUUGGAGUUUGCUCUAGAUGGUGCAUAUUGUAUGACUCGCAGCCCUUUUUGAUCCGAGGACCGCAUAACAGGUCGCAGGCUGUUAUGCGGCUGAAAACUAGAUGGAUGCAAUACAUAACAUCUUUGUUUUGGUUUUUCUGCUUUUGUGUAAUGAAAACGAUAUACAGUAGAGUUUCAAAAUAGAAUAUACUUCCUACUACCUCAAAGCCAACCUUUGAGCCUAAGAAAGGUAUAAAAGAUGUGAUUGUUACAUAACCGUUGUUAUUAUUUUUAUUGCUGACUCGUCUAAGUGGACGACUCAAACAUGGCUUCGUCGAGUGGACGCUUGCUGAUGGAAAUAAGACAGAAAGAAUGGUCUCUGCGGAAAGUCUGCAUUGCGUCACAACGGGAAAAAGGGAGCGAGGGGUAGUCGGGGGCUCUGGGAGUGGACCGAUGGGUGUGUCUUCACUGACCUAGUUACAGCAAUAGAACCCCCCCUGCCCCCCUUACACUCUCAAUCCACCAUCCCUGCCUGACUUUGUGACGUGUAAAGGGCGAUUUCAAACAGUACAGACAGCCAGGAAUGGAAGUCCGAGGGGGGGGGCAAAAUGAGGCUGGCGGACGGAUGCAACACAAUUAAGGUCGACUGAGACAAGCAGACAAUAUACAAGAUUUGCACAGAGAUGGGAAAUAUCUUUGCACAAACAGGAAGAACCUCCAGGGGCUUUCAGCAAAUUAAUAACAACAGGCUGCAUUGGUAAUAUUAAACCCCCACACAUCCUGUGGAAUAUUAGAUUCCCCCCCCGCCCUUCAUUUGGGGGGAAAUCACAUCUUUGCCACGUAAAGCAGCUUUAAUAAAAUCAGAAAUGCUAUAACUGCACAAAUACAGGCUAUGAUUACUCAUAAACAUGAUCUAAUCUCAUAUUUCCUGUGCUGCUUAGAGCAAAGCUUGAAUUUCACGGCCAUUGCGGCGUAGACUAUGCGAUGUCCACGGGGGUUAAGUAAGCGGAAUGAACGACAGACUUGACUUGACGGUAUAUUUAACCCCUGGCUCCUCAUUGUUUGACUAACUUUUUGACCCUUCUGCCUUCAAGCUCAUGUAGAAGAAGUGCAGACAGAGGACUGAAGGGUCAAGUUGUAAAAUUUCCUGACACACAUAUCAGUUUACAAAUUAAGGGCAACUCAUUCCUGCAAAACGUUCUGCUCGCUCAUCUGUUUUUGUCUGAUGAAUUCUGAACUAUUCCGUCUUGCCUGCCAAAGACCUUUCCCCAUGAUAUUUUUCUCCAGUCUCCAAAUUUCCACCCUGACAAUUCUUUCUGGCUUCAACUCACUAGCCAAGCAAUCUUUUCCUUCCUUUGCAAAACAACACGCUUUUUCAUGUCGAUGAAAAGCUUUUAUAGCACAAACCCGUGACUGCUCUUUUAGUACCACUUGUCCUUUGUUUUCAGUUGUCAUCGCUCACUAACCCAGUAACAGUAACUUUUUUUUUGAGCUACUUAAAAAGCUUUUCUUUAUCCGUGGCUUCAGGCUAAAAUCAGCUUGACUUUACAGGUACAUCAAUCAAUCCAUUUUCUAGUCCACUUGUCCUCAUUUGGAUCAUGGAUGAGAUGGAGUGUUCCCAAGAUGACUUUUGCCGAGAGGUUAUAUCGGUCAGCUGUAAACAUCCUGAAUCUACGUCCUGUUUCUACGUAUCAUAUUUUCCCCCAAACAAUACAUAAAUCCGACAAUAUUUUGCUUGGCAUAGCCUGUAAGAUCCAUCUUGUCAGUGACUAAACCACAAUGAAAAGCGACACAUGCUUAAGGCAGACAUGCACGCUCGCAAUUUGUGUUGACGCAAUUCCAGAGGAAAAUAUUCAUUCUGAAUUCAUCACUUGUUAUUUUCCUUCCCCCGUGAAAAGAACCGAGUGCUGACCCAGUUCUCCUCACAAUCUAUCUUUUCAGAAGGAAUGAUAUGCCCCAAGUGAAUUUUUCUUUCUUUCUCGACUUAGCGCUUGACAAUACAUCUAGCUAGCUAACUGCACAUUGCAACUGCUUGGAGCUCCUAAUGUCUUUGAAUGGCAAUGCACUCCUUGUAUUGACAUAAAUAUCAAAUUGGCGAGAUGCCUGGCCUUAAAUGCCCUUGUUGACUACUAACAAAGAAUGUCUCAACACAUGAGAGAUGUUCAAAGAUAGCAGUGUGUAGUUGCGGUCUGCACUUAGUGGCCAAUGCAUGCCAUCUUCCUUUUCGACAUUCAGAGAAGAAUACGGAAAUGAAGUUAGUGUGGCAGAUCUUCACACGACACAUCUUUGAGGUGUAGACUGGUGCGACUGCAUUAAAAUGAAUUCAGCUAAUUUGACAAGCAUGUGCAACGUGGCCAAUGCUAGCUGUAAAGUGCACAGCUUUCUUGGCUUGUCUUACAGUCUGGUGUUUGUCGCGGGCUUUUUUGUCAAUACUGUGGCCUUGCAUGCUUUUAUCAUGCGACGACACGCCUGGACAGACACCCACGUCUACAUGUUCAACUUGGUCAUCGCCGACUCGGCCUUGAUCAUCUGCAUUCCCGUUCGGAUCUAUCAUUCCUUCUUCUGCCUGGACAAGACUCUGCUGUGCACCUUUCUCAUUUUCAUCCGUUUCAUCAACAUGUACUCGAGUAUCCUGACCACGACGGCCAUCAGUGCCCACCGCUACUUUGCUGUCAGGUUCCCUUUGCGAGUGAGGUCCUGGAGAAGGAAGAAGGAGACGGCCUUUGCCGUGUGCUUGCUCAUUUGGAUAACUCUGCUGGCGAUCGCCGCUGUAUUCCGAGAGGACAAUUAUCCUCGCAAACUGUGGACGUGCUUUGAAAGGUGCAAAGAUCAACCUUUACAUUUUGAAUUUACCGCCAUUUUGCUGUGUCUGGGCUUCCUCGUUCCUCUUUUGAUUGUAGCGUUUUGCUCAAGUCAGAUGAUCAGUAUUAUGUUAAAGGCAGGUGGCGAGUCAUCGCCGUUGCAAAGAAGCAUCAUUGGCAUAGUAACAGCAAACCUGGUGGUGUUCAUCGUCUGCUACACGCCGCUCCAUGUUGGCUUUUUUGCAAACCAUUUCUAUCGUCCACCUGCAAACUGGACAUCGGUUUACCUCCCUGAACAUGCAUAUUUACGUGUUGCUGAGUGGAUUUCCUCCACAAACUGCUGCCUAGAUUCAGUUAGCUAUUAUUUCUUAUUUAAAACGUUGUACCCAUCUGUCAGUGUGUGAAGGAGAGUUGACAUUGGACAAAAACUGCAUAUAAUGUAAAGUAUGGUCAAAAAUCAAUGUGCCUUUAAAACGCUUAAAACAUUUAUAUUUUGCAUGAGGGCAUUCUUGUCAUUUUACUUCUAAAGCAACCAGAUUAAAUGUUUUAUUUUA